GAACCAUCACUUUCUAACAUCACUUGGUAUAUAAAAACAUACCUUGACAAGUAAACCUACACAAACUUCCACAAAACCAGACGGAGAAGAUGCCUGAAUACUGUGUAACUGGAGGAACAGGCUUCAUAGCUGCUUACUUAGUGAAAGCCUUGCUAGACAAGGGCCAUGUUGUCCGCACCACGGUUCGAAACCCAGAGGAUGGGGGGAAGGUGGGUUAUUUGUGGGAGUUUAAUGGAGCCAAGGAAAGGCUCAAGGUGUUGAAAGCUGAUUUGAUGGUGGAAGGAAGCUUUGAUGAGGCUGUACGAGGCGUCGAUGGAGUCUUCCACACUGCAUCACCCGUUCUUGUUCCAUACGACGACAAUGUUCAGGCAAAUUUGAUUGAUCCAUGUAUAAAGGGCACACUGAAUGUUCUGAAUUCAUGCUCAAAAGCACGUGUGAAACGGGUUGUGCUCACCUCUUCUUGCUCUUCAAUAAGAUAUCGUUACGAUGCCCAGCAGGCCUCUCCUCUCAACGAAUCACAUUGGAGUGAUGCUGAGUACUGCAAACACUACAAUCUCUGGUAUGCUUAUGCAAAAACUACAGCAGAGAAGGAGGCCUGGAGAAUUGCUGGGGAGAGCGGAAUGGAUCUCGUUGUGGUGAAUCCGUCGUUCGUGGUUGGUCCUCUGCUAGCACCACAACCAACCAGCACUCUAUAUAUGAUACUGGCUAUACUGAAAGGUUCAAGAGGGGAGUACCCGAACACGACAGUAGGAUUUGUGCACAUAGAUGAUGUGGUAGCUGCGCACAUUUUAGCAAUGGAGGAAAGCAAAGCGUCGGGAAGGCUGAUAUGUUCGAGCUCGGUUGCGCACUGGUCGGAGAUCAUUAAGAUGCUGAGGGCCAAAUAUCCAUCCUAUCCAUAUGAAAACAAGUGUAGCAGCGUGGAAGGAGACAGUAAUCCACAUAGCAUGGAUACCAGUAAAAUUGCUCAGCUGGGAUUUCCACCUUUCAAAACGCUUGAAACAAUGUUCGAUGACUGCAUCACUAGUUUCCAACAGAAAGGAUUUCUAUGAAAGAAUCGCACAAGGCUUUGCUUUUGAGUGCGUUCCAAGUUUCGUUUUCUCGUUUGUGUUUUGUUAUGUUCUUCUUUUCCUUUGAUUUCAGUUAAUCAAAAGGAAAGAGACAUUCCUCGCUUUGAUUUGAAUCCAAAGAGAACAGUUAAUCA